UCCAAACCCCAAAUCAAAUCCAACCCUAAUUCUGUACUUGCAUCCGAUAGCCUCGCUCUAGAGAGCAGAGACACCCUUUGGUGAGAAGGCUUCCUGGAGAGAGAGAGAGAGCUCCGGAGAGACCAUCAUGGAUGCUUUUAGAAGGCAACUGGACCAGCUAAUGGGUGCGAAUCGAAAUGGGGACGUCCAGGAAGUGAGCCGCAAGUACUACGACCGCGAUGUGUGCCGCAUGUUCUUAGUUGGGCUUUGUCCCCACGAGCUCUUCCAACUCACGAAAAUGGAUAUGGGUCCAUGUCCGAAGAUCCACUCCUUGCAACUUAGGAAAGAAUAUGAAGAGGGAAAGGCUAAAGGGAUUCAUAACUAUGACCGAGACUUGGAGGAUGUUAUAGAUCGUCUCAUUAUCGAGUGUGAUAGAAAAAUUGCUAGAGCCUUGAAACGACUUGAGGAGGAAGAUGCAAAGGCAGCUAUUGCAAUUUCUGUCUCUGAAGUCACCCAGAUACCUGAGGUACUUGAGUUAUCAAAAGAAAUUAAAGAGAAGUUGAAAGAAGCCGACCAAUAUGAUCUUGAGGGCAAAACAGAUCUCAAAAUUCGAGUUUUGGAGGUUGUAGAAGAAUUGAGGACCAAACGUGCUGACAAACAGUCCAUGCUUCUUUUAGAUGCUUUCAACAAAGAUAGGGCAUCUUUGCCUCAACCUCUGCCAAACCCACCUCCUCUAGCUCCUCUACCUGUUGUAGCUCCUGAUCCUCGUACACAAGAGAUGAUAAAUGAGAAGUUGAAAAAGGCCGAGGAACUCGGUGAGCAAGGAAUGAUUGAUGAGGCUCAAAAAGCCCUGGAGGAAGCUGAAGCACUUAAAAAGCUUCCUGCUAGGCAGGAGCCAGUGAUGGAUUCAUCCAAAUAUACAGCUGCUGAUGUGCGAAUUACGGAUCAAAAGCUGCGCGUGUGUGACAUCUGUGGGGCAUUUUUAAGCGUUUAUGACAGUGAUCGUCGUUUGGCAGAUCAUUUUGGAGGAAAGCUUCAUCUUGGCUACAUGCAAAUACGUGAAAAGCUAGCGGAACUGCAGGAAGAAAGAAACAAAAGCCGCAAAGUUGAUCGACAUGAUGAUCGACGAUCAAAGGAGCGUAGUAGAGAACCUGAUAGAGAACCUAGUAGAGACCGUGAUCGUGGUGAUAGUCGUGACCGUGGAAGGGAUAAUGAUCGUAGGAGCAGGGAUCGUGAUAGGUAUCAUGAUCGGGAUCGUUAUGAUCGAGAGCGCAACAGAGACCCAGAUCGCUCUUAUGAUUCUAGAAGUCGUCGCCGUUCACGCUCACGAUCAACAGACCGAGAACGUGCAAGGGACUAUGAUCGCCACAAGCGCCGGGACCGGUAUUAAACGGUUGUGGAUCCAAUGGAAGUGAAAGUACAGGUUCAUGUCCUGUGUUUCUUCCUCUAUUUUGAGUGCAGUUGGCUGUAUCUUCUCUAAUGUUUUAUAAUCCGCCAGAAGGUUAUGUUGACAAUACUUUUGAGAGGUAUGGUUGUACUGAUUACUGGAAUUCUAUAUGUAGCUGUUAGUAGAGUAGUUUCCUUGAGGUCUUCUUUUCACAUAUAAACUAAGGUUUACGGGAUACAUCAAUUUUUCAUAUCAUUUUGGAGACUUCAUCACAGGAUGUAAGUUGAUAACAUUUGACCUAUAACUAUUGACCAACCACCGUUUCAUGUAUUAAACCAAUAGGCAGGCCUGAUGAACGAUUUUUUUCUUCUUUA